CGUGCCCGUGGGUCCUCGCCGGGAAAAGGGGCGGUGGGGCAAAAUGGCGGCGCACCUGUCCUACGGACGAGUGAACCUGAACGUGCUGCGCGAGGCGGUGCGUCGCGAGCUGCGCGAGUUCCUGGACAAGUGCGCGGGAAGCAAGGCAAUAGUUUGGGACGAGUACCUCACAGGACCAUUUGGCCUGAUUGCACAAUAUUCACUACUGAAGGAACAUGAAGUGGAAAAAAUGUUCACUCUUAAAGGAAGUCGUUUGCCAGCAGCUGAUGUCAAGAAUAUUAUUUUUUUUGUCAGACCCAGGCUAGAACUGAUGGAUAUAAUUGCUGAAAAUGUGCUCAGUGAAGACAGACGCGGUCCAACAAGAGAUUUCCACAUUUUGUUUGUGCCGCGACGUAGUUUACUGUGCGAACAGCGGUUGAAGGAUCUGGGUGUUCUGGGAUCCUUUAUUCAUAGGGACGAGUACAGCCUCGACCUCAUUCCAUUUGAUGGGGAUCUCUUAUCCAUGGAAUCGGAGGGGGCAUUCAAAGAGUGCUACCUGGAGAGUGACCAGACGAGCCUCUACCACGCAGCCAAGGGGCUGAUGACCCUGCAGGCUCUGUACGGGACAAUCCCCCAGAUCUUUGGGAAAGGAGAGUGCGCCAGGCAAGUGGCCAAUAUGAUGAUCAGGAUGAAGAGAGAGUUUACAGGAAGCCAAAAUUCAAUAUUUCCUGUUUUUGAUAAUCUCUUGUUGCUCGAUCGAAAUGUGGAUUUAUUGACGCCUCUCGCCACUCAGCUUACGUAUGAAGGACUCAUUGAUGAAAUUUAUGGCAUUCAGAACAGUUAUGUGAAAUUACCUCCGGAGAAAUUUGCCCCGAAGAAACAGGGCGAUGGUGGGAAGGAGCUCCCCACGGAAGCAAAGAAGCUUCAGCUGAAUUCCGCAGAGGAGCUCUAUGCCGAGAUCCGAGACAAAAACUUCAACGCAGUAGGCUCCGUGCUUAGCAAGAAAGCGAAGGUGAUCUCCGCAGCGUUUGAGGAGCGGCACAAUGCUAAGACCGUUGGGGAGAUCAAGCAGUUUGUUUCCCAGCUGCCCCACAUGCAAGCAGCAAGGGGCUCACUUGCAAACCACACCUCGAUUGCUGAGUUAAUCAAGGAUGUUACCACUUCUGAAGACUUCUUUGAUAAACUAACAGCGGAACAGGAGUUUAUGUCCGGAGUAGACACUGAUAAGGUCAAUAGUUACAUUGAAGACUGUAUUGCCCAAAAGCACCCACUGAUCAAGGUGUUAAGACUGGUUUGUCUCCAGUCCGUGUGCAAUAGUGGACUCAAACAAAAAGUUCUGGAUUAUUAUAAAAGAGAAAUUCUCCAGACAUACGGCUAUGAGCACAUACUGACCUUGUACAACCUAGAGAAGGUUGGCCUGCUGAAACCACAGACGGGGGGCAGAAACAAUUACCCAACCAUCCGGAAAACGCUACGCCUCUGGAUGGAUGACGUGAACGAGCAGAAUCCCACGGACAUAUCGUAUGUGUACAGUGGUUAUGCCCCUCUCAGCGUGCGCCUGGCGCAGCUGCUCUCGCGGCCUGGCUGGCGCAGCAUAGAGGAAGUUCUCCGCAUACUCCCAGGGCCCCACUUCGAAGAACGGCAGCCCUUGCCCACGGGACUGCAAAAGAAACGUCAACCAGGGGAAAACCGAGUCACUCUGAUAUUUUUCCUCGGGGGAGUAACCUUUGCUGAAAUUGCUGCGCUGCGAUUUCUGUCCCAGCUGGAAGAUGGAGGUACAGAAUACGUCAUUGCCACCACGAAGCUAAUGAAUGGGGCCAGCUGGAUAGAGUCUCUAAUGGAAAAACCCUUCUAGGGGGAUCAGAGUCGACUUGAGUGAACUACAAAAUAAACUGCUCCUUUGGAGAAGCAGCCAAACAGAAGUGAAACCCCACCGAAGAAUGACAGGAGAAUACAGAAUUUACUUCGGGGGUCAGCUUCUUCAAUUACACUGGUUUCUCCUUUCUGCUUCUCUUUCGUGUUUCUAAUUUCUUGAAGAAAAAAGGGAAGAGAAUCCAUCUGGCUCCCAGGAACACCAGUUGUUAAAGUUCUAAGCUCGGGGUCUUCCUUAGAGACCCUGCAAACGUAUUAAGGACGGUGGGGACAGAUAAUCUCAUACAGCUGCGCAAAUGAGGUCGUUCUUAACAUAGGAAGGUGGAGACUGGGCUGAAAAUGAAAAGUAGAAUGUCUCACCCCUAAUAGGAAUUUCUGGAAGGCACGUCAGGCCUGGGGCGUUAAGGAGCAGGAGCUGGCCCAGUCACUGAGUUGAGAUCUCUUUGUCCUGCAGAUUAGGCCACAUUCUGUUUGGUGGUUGUCAGCCUCUGUCUUAGUGGUCACUAAGGCAAGUGUUGAUUCCUUCUGCUUCUCAGUCUUCUGCUCCUAUAAAGCAAGAGGCGUGGAGGGAAUGCCUUCUCCAAAUCAAAGUUCAUCAUCUGUCUGACCAGCUAGGGUUCUGUGGGUCUCAUACUCGUCAAGGGCUUUUUAUGUCAAAGAACCUGAGGUUGGGGAGCAGCUGCCUGAGAAUUUUCUUCGACGCUAUUCAGACGCUUUCUGAGCGCGCGUGUUGUUCCCAGUGUUGCCGUGGUAGAUGCCUCCGCCCAGGCGUCCGUUUUCUUACCCAUCCAUCGUGGGCCCCAGCACCCGCUGGUCCCCCGUGAGCAGCAGCGACUCCUGCUUCUUCGGCAUUUGGCGACGCCACCUGCAUGGUAGCUGGCACAUGUCCUUCUCCACACUCAGCCUCUUGCGUCUGUUUUGCUGGGAAACAUACAGCUCCGCCGCAGGCCCUGGUCUAGUGACCUCUGCCUCCUCUGGUGCAGCUCGUCCAUGGCCUUGGCAUCCAGCAGUCGCAGCUGCUCCUCCUGCAAGGGAUGGUUAGCCUGUGGGACAGAGGGACAGGGAGUUGGUCGAGAGGCUGGAAACCUGUGUGUGUUCCUGCCUCCCUCCUGCUCCAUCCCAGCAUCUGGAAGUUAAAUCCAAGAAUGGGACCAAAUGGAUGGCUUCAUAGCCCUUGCCCAAUCUCCCCUUUGUUGGGGGAUCAAGGUCAGCAUCCUUCCUCCGGGGAGGUGUGGCUUCUGUUGUUUCUCAGUAACCACACUUGUUUUCUGCUCAUUUUGUUCUGUUAGUGAAAUUCUGGUAGCACAUUGCAUGCUGUGAGUGAAAGAGAAAUUCUACAAAAAAGAUCUAAGAAUGAGGAGCAGAAGAGGUACUAUUUAAAAGAUCUCCUUCUCAUGCAUUCCACUUGGCCUUGACAUUCAGUAUUUGGAAAAGGGUCUUUUAAAAAAACCAGGUCUGUUUUAGAAAAUCCGUUUUCAAAUACUCAUUAUCCCAGGGAGAUUCGUUUUAUACCUUCCAAGCCCCAGCUGUUGUCAGCCUCAGCCGCUUAGAGGACGAAAUCCACCUUUUCCCUCAAUGUCUUUGGCUCACGGGAUUCAGUUCAAGUCUGGUCAGGUCUCCUUGGCCAGGGUUUUUGUUCUGUGAACAGACCCUCAGUUGUGUCUCAUGUGUCAACAUUCACUCAUGAUUCUGUACUCGCUUGCUCAGAGGAUAGUUAGGUCGGCUCUUAAAAUGCAUUCAGCAGAAGACUUAAAAACAUCAAUUGCUUCAUUUGUAUGCAAAUAGAAAGUGCUGGAUAAUUAUA